AUGACGGCAAGUGCGAAUAGGGUGUCGACGUACACCUCGGCCUCGACGCAGUCGGACGGGCGCAAUGGCGAGAAAAAGGACCUCUGGAGCUCCAUGCUCGACAACGUCGCCAGCGGCAAGCGGUUACCGGAGAAGAACAUGAUCGUGCUCGGCGGCAACCCCGACUCGCAGCGGGAGUUUAUCGAGUCCUUGUCGCACAGCAGCGAGAAGCGGAGCCUGGACCGACAGAGCUCUAAGACACCGCCUGUCGCAAACAGCUUCGCUCUGGGUUACACUUAUUACGAUGUGCUGGAUGCCGAUCAAGAAGAUAUACUGGCGAGAAUUUCCCUCUACAUGCUGUCGACGCCAUCAGAAGCUUUCCCGAAACUCAUCCAACCCCUAAUCACGCCCGAGACAAUACCGAAUACCCUAAUGGUUGUACUGCUGGACUGGUCUACACCACACCUCUGGAUGCGGCAACUGCGAGAAUGGAUUCUGUUCAUGCGGAGCAUUUUGGAGAACUCGAGCCAUGAGUGUCAAGCGGCGAUGGAAGAAGUAAUGGUCAGCUGGCGGGACAGGGGUAGAGGCGGCGGUUCGACAAACCUCGACGGCACAGGAGCCACGACGAGCGAAGGUGAUGUAGCGUUGCCUCUCGGCCCUGGCGAAUGGGAGGAAGGUAUCGGACUGCCGCUAUGUGUGGUUUGCCAAAAUGCAGAGAAGAUGGAGCAGCUGGAAAAGACACAGGGCUGGAAAGAGGGCGACUUCGACCAAGUACUACAAUAUCUCCGAACUGUUUUGCUGAGACACGGCGCUUCUCUUAUUUACACCACACCGAAUGUCCCCUCAUCCAUACCGAGCCUGGUACAUUCUAGCCUAGGCAUUACCUCCCUCCUAAAGCGCCAACCGCUCAAGCACAACGUGAUCGACAGGGAUAAGAUCCUCGUCCCCCCAAACUGGGACUCUUGGGGCAAGAUCCGCGUGCUGCGCGACGGCUUCGAUGUAGAAACCACGAGCCAGGGCUGGUCCCACGACCUGCAGUCUACCUUCCCCUCACCCCCGAUGACGACCGAGGGCCUCAACACCAUUCAGAGAGCCAAGGCGGACGGAGAUUACAACGGCGAGGUCUGGUCCUCCGCCGUCGCCCCCUUCGAGGACUGGAUUCGCGAUCUCAGCAGCGCUGGCAGUGCCAUCUCCUUCACAGGACGCGACGCAGAUGCCUCACAGCUGGAGAUGUCAUCAACGGACACGCAAGAGUUCUUGGGUUCAAGCUUGCAGACGCUCGAGCAAUACCGCAGCAGGAGCGCCGAGGACAAGAAGGCGGACGCGGCCAAGUCGAGAACGGGCCAGCGGACGGAUGAGCCUGAUCUUGGCCAAACGCUUAGGCAGGGCGACGGCAAAGUCAGCCAGCAUAUCGGACCUGUACAGUUCAACAUGGGAGGCAUCCAGGUAGAUGCCGACGACAUGGUGCAGCGGCUUAAGGACCGUCAGGCAUACAGCUCUGCACAGGAACCGACUACACCACCCGCUGACACCGCGGAUGAGAACCCCGACGAGAUGGACAACGACAAACUGCAAGCCUUCUUCAGCGGUCUCAUGAACCGCAAACAACCCGCCAACGGCAGCCCUCGAGGGGGCUCCUGA